ACUUUUCAGGCAAACGAAAGUCACUGAAUUCAAUACUGAACGAAGAAAAUGGGACGAAAGGCAAACCAAAUGGUAAUAAAAAUACUAAUAAUAACCAUAGGAUGGGUUGCGCGUCACCGGAAGUGCUGGUGAAUGGGUCGCCGUCGCCGGACAUUGUGGGCACAGUUAGCGGCGGUAACUUUGCCACCAUUGAAGAGAUACAGUUCGUGGGCGUCAUCGGCACUAUGGAGCAGAAGAGAGUGUGCAAGAUCAAAUGCCUCAAUGGUGUUUGGGUCGGCCCCCUGUGCGCCCUUGAAAAAGGCGAUCAGUUCGCACCGAUGCUCAGGGAAUGCCAAUUGCAUGAGACGGACGCCGCGCUCGUCAUCACACAUAACAGGACACAACUCUUGAUUGAUUCACCAAAUGGUGUACCGCUUCCGCACGGAUCCCACAUCGAGGUAUGG